UCCGGCGGCCCGGAAGGCAGCCCCCGCCCCGUCCGAGUCCCCAAACUCGCGGGCGUGCUCGCCGCUUAGACGUCUGGAGGGCAUCGCUCGCCGCCGCCGGGAGGGGCAGCUCCGCAGGGCGCGGGCGGCCGGGACCGGGGCCGCGGAGAGCGCGGAGGGCGGCGGGGCGGGGUGGGGGCGAGGGCCGCUCCUCUAGCCCCUUCCGCCGCCCCUCCUUUCUGCUCUCCCGCUCCCUCUUCCCGUCCCGGCCGGGAAGGCGCCGGGCUUGGCCUCUCUCCCCUUCGUGGCCGAACCAUGAGCUAGCAGCCCAUGCCGCUUCCUCCCCGCCCGACCCCGCGUCCCCUCCCCGGACCCGGAGGGAGGCCGCGGCCCGCGGGUCGGCUGCUCCGGCCCGACCCCACUCGGAGCCCCGGGGCGGCCCGCAGAGCCGGGAGCCGAGCCGGGAGCGCCCCGAGGGCCGAGGCCUGCGGGCCGCACUCUCGGAGCCCCCGCCGAGCCCGCGCGCCCCCGGUCCCCGAAGCGGGCCCAGGAGGGAGAGGGGGGGGAGAGGAGGCCCCGGCUUCUCCGGGGAUGGAAGGGAUGGAGGCGGCGGCCCGAGCUGCUGGCGGCAGCCUUCACGUCUGCGGCUUAGAGAAGUACAGCACCUGGGCCGUAGACUUCGGCGGUGCCGAGCCGCACAAGUCGAUACCCACUGUUCCCCAGGGGAAGGUCGCAUCCUUCCAGGUCUCCGGAGAUGGAUGAUCUCUGGAAUGCUGUUCGAGUUUACCCGAAAGAAAGUUCUUGUAAUGUGACUGAAAUUGCUCCCAUUACCUUCACAUCCCCUGCUUUCUGGAUUGAACCUUAGAAGAGAGGAACGGGUGGCUGGGCCGCCAAGACAAAGCUGAGGACCCAAAAUAGGGAGCAGAACAGCCAGCUCCAUGGAGGUGACCUCAGCUGUGGAGGGAAGUGGCCCUGAGCCACAGCCGGAGAAUGGACACCUCCCAAGACACUGGCCCUGUCCUCGAGAAGACAGAACACCCAGCCUGAUGGCCCCCCAGCCUCCUGGGGCACAGGGGAUACAGCUCCAAGGCCCGUCCGUGCUGGAGUCCAAGGUGAGGGCCUUGAAGGAGAAGAUGACAGCAGGCAAACAGGGGGCAAGCCCCUGCCUCACUUCUCACGAGCGGCCAUCCCUCAAGAAAUCCAAAUGCCGACGAGUCAAGGUGGGUGGAACCAGGGCUUCAUCAGAGGGGUCUUCCCUACCUGAUGCCGUGGUGGUCCAUCAUGCUCAGAACCCAAAUGACGGGCUGCUGGACAGCAGCAUCACUGAGGAGGAGUCCGCCAGGAACGGGGCCCCCGGGCCUCCCGGGUCGCCUGCCUCUGGGCUCCAGAGCUGGAACAGGAGGAGCCCGUGGCCUCCAGAAGCGGUACGGACACUGCCUGACCACGACAGGGCUCUGCCGCCAGGGCCCAGCUCUUUGCAAGAGAGCCCCAUGCACAGAGUCACUCCAAGCCAGCCUGAAGGCUCUGGUCCUUGUAACAAAACCACCCACAGGACCAGCCUGAGGAAAGGAAGGUCAUACCCCCUGCAGGAUGGUCUCGUCUCACAGGAAGACCUGGACAGCUUGUCUCUGACGUCUGAGGAGGACUUCGUCCCCAGGCCAGCCCUGCUGGGGGAGCUCUGGAGAGCUGGAGACCUGGGGGCCCUGGGCACCGGGGGCAGCACCUUGUCCCUGUCUGACCGCGUGGAGAGGAACCGCCUUCUGCUGCAGGAGAUGCUAAGUGUUGGGGGGCAAGGCCCCUCGAAGGUGGGAAGCCCAGCCUGGACUUCAUCCCGGGACAGAGCUGUGCCAGCGCGCCCGGCAGGGGACGUGGACUGGGACUCGGGCAUCUCCCUGCAGGACGCCGACCAGAGCAGGACCUUUAGUCUCAAGCCGGAGCCCGUGCUGAGCCCCAGGCAUGAGGAAGCCAAGCAUCUGCUUCAGCGAGCCCGCAUGAAGGCCAGGACCCGGCCCGUCCGUGCCAGCCACGAUAUUGUGCCCACCCUUGCCCAGGGCAGCCGAGAUGGGUGGAAAAGCCCAGCCUCGGACCCGAGGAUGACCCUUGCCUGCAGAGACAACCUCCAGAACGGGAACACGAGUGACUCCUCCAGCGGGGAGUCCAGCAGCGGGCAGUGGCCGAAGCGGGCCGCCUCCCCGUCCCACGUCCGCUUUGAGGAUGAAUCAGCCCGCGACGCCGAGUCCCGCUACCUCGAGCGGCUGCAGCAGCGUCAGCGCCAGGUGCUGAGCACCGCGCUGCAGCCGGCGGACCAGGGCCCCCUGCGCUCCAAGCCCGACCUCGCCGACUACGUCCACGGCGGCUGCCGGCGCCAGGACGCGGGCGCGGGGGCUCUCCACCCGCUGCUGGGCGGGCUGGAGCCCCGGGGCCUCCCCGCGCCGCCGCCCGCUCAGGGCAGGGAGAGGAGGUGCCGAGCCUGCGGCCACUGCAUCGCCCCCGACCCGAGGGUCCUCCGGGAGUGCGAAGCCGCCUGCGGGAUGGAGGGGGUGUUGGCGCAGCCCCGCAGCCCUCGGGGCCUGGGCGGCCCCCUCCGGCUCUUCCCUGCCGAGCCCGGACUCCACACCGAGUGGAUCCGGGAGACGCACAUCGGGGGCCAGGCGCGCCCAGAGGAGGUAGACUCGGCCCUGGACAGCACGGACACCUCCGACAGCUGCAGGACCGACAGUGAGGAGGCCGGGACCUCCCAGCCCAGUAGGGUCCGCGGCAGCAGCCCCCGUCUGCGGGCCUCCAGGCCUCGGGGAGGCCACAGGUGGUUCCAAAAGGUUGAGAUGGGGCCGCUCCGGAGCCCUCAGGCCCCGCCCUACCUGCCUGGGCUGGAGCUAGUGGAGGUGUUGGGUGAGGUGACAGAAGGCACGGGACAGACGCCUGAGGGGACUCUGCUCCCUAGAGAAGAUGCUUUCUCUAAGCUUCUUGUCCAGGACUCUAACAGGGCUUCCCUGGGGUCCCAGCCUGGACCAGGGCCGGAAAAUCACUGGGCUCAGCCUGUGGAUUCCCGGACAGCCUAUGCCAUCGCUUCUUCCAUGAAGGUGGGCUCCUCGGCGCCAGGCAGACAAGCCCAGGUUGUAGAGAGCCAAGAGUCUCUGGGAACUGACUCCCCGAAUCAGAGCCACGCAGAGCCCUCUGCCCCCCACCAGGCCCAGCAGCCAACCGCUUCCCUCUCCCCCCAAAGCUGGGUGCCGACCCCUCCCUCUUCAAAGAAAACCACCUCCCCUGUGCCUCACAGGAAGGCAGCCCUGGCUGGACUUCGCAGGCCGGGUGACCAGGGAGAGCCUAUGGACGCCCCCGUGCCUUCUUCCAGAAGAGUAGUUCCCAGGGCCUGUGAGCUCACCCGGCCGCAGCCCCAGCCCCGCAGCCCCUGUGUCACCCUGUCCACCGGUCACUGCAACAACGGCACGCCCCAGGGGCUGCAGGAGCCCUGGGGAGGAGCCAUCUUCGCGGGCAGUGGGGAGAAGGGCGCCUACAGCCAGAAGCCUGCAGCACCGCCGGAGGACCACAGAGAUGGAGGACUCCAGGGCUGUCUCGCCUCAGCAGCUGUUGGCACCAUCAGCUCCAUGGGCAUCACCUUCUCCCCGGCCUCAGAGGAGCCAGCGUCCAGCCAGGAACCAGAGGGCGGCCUGCAGAGGACAGAGCCGAGUUCUGUAGGGCAUGUGUCGUCCCGAGCAUUGCCAGGGGUCAGUGUGGGACCCAGCCUGCCCUCAGCUGCGCCUUCUGACAAGAACAAGAAAAGCAGCGGCAGCACCUCCUCCACCCUGGGGCUGAAAAAGUUCUUCUUGGCCCUGACAAGUCAGGGCACAAGGCCCAAGCUGGGCAAGUCCCGCAGCUACAGUGUGGAGCAGCUGCAGCCCCCGGCGCCCAGCCCGGCUUCACACACCAGCGCCCCCAAAAUGAAGAGAGCCCCAUCGUUACAAUCCCUGCAUCCGGUGUCACCCUCUCGCCAACGUCGGAAAGCUGCCUCUUUUCAGAACCUCCAUUCUCUGCUGAGUGGCAAGGUGGACCGGUCCAACCUCUACCUGGUAGGGGAGCCAGGGGAUCACAAUGCAGCUGACAGGCCAGCCAAGGCGCCGCCCCGGCGCUCCCUCAGCGUGGAGGACGUGAGUGCCCCGGGCCUGGCUCGUGCCGUGGGCCGCAUGGUGGAGGUGUUCCCGGAUGGCACGAGCCAGCUGCAGCUACAGCGCUCCCCGGAGGGCACUUUCGGCUUCUGUGUGGCCUCUGGGAAUGGACGCCGGGACUCAGGGUUCUACGUGCAGGAGAUGGCUGAUGAGAGCACGGCCAAGCUGUACUCGGGGCUGCUGGGAGUGGGGGAUGAGAUCCUCGAGGUGAACGGGGCCAAGGUUGCAGGGCUGGGCUUGGCUCACAUCAGAGAGCUCCUGGCCCACGCGGAGAGCUUGUCGAUCCGUGUGCUGAGGCAGAGGCCUGUCCCACGGUGACCCAGAGGUGCCUUUGCCCUCACCCUCACCCCCUUGGAAACUCUGAACCACCCCAGGGGGUGGCUGGGAAUGCACUACAUAAAGCUGCUUUGUCUACUGAAAAUGAACAUGGUAGCACGUAACCCCUUGGGCCUUGGCAGGGCUUCUGUGACUGACCACUUUAGCAGAGGGAAGGAGCCUGUUUGUGUAUUUUGUUUAAGGAUGUUAAUUUAUGCAGAACCGGGGAAAAGAUAUGGGUCUUCCGCCCUGACCAGGCCUGAGGUGUUGUCAACAUCUUCCUGCACCUUUGUUGGCAGGGGGAGGAGAGAGAUUCAGUGGGUCCUUCGGUUGGUCCCUGAGCAUCGCCUUACCCCCAGGUCCCAUCCCACACUGUCAAGGGCUCCCCCAGCCCCUCCCACUCCAGAGCCAAAGAAAGUACUUGGCCAUAUUGGCCUUGAGCCGCCUUUUUCAGUCUCAUUUCUCCCAGCUCCCAUUCGACACCUUUGCUUUUUUUCCAGAAAUGGACAAAGUGUCCUGGAGUAACAGCCUUACAGCCAUUGACCAUGUAUUCCAGACCCAAAAUUAGCACAUGUGGUCUGGUGGGAGAACAUCUGGGAGAUGUUAUCUGGUAGUCAGAAUAUUAGGAAGUUCUGGGAAAUCUUUGUGAUAUAAGGUUGAAGGAACAAAAUGAAACCAAGACCAAUUUCAGGGAAGUGCAGCUGUGGCCAGUGGGACUGGCCAGACCAGCCCUGCCCCCCACCACAGCCUGGCCAUGAGGACCUCUGUCUUCCUUCUCCUGUGACCUUGGACACGGGCUGCAGCUGGUGCCAAGCUGUCCCCAGCCACAAGCUCUCUGCCCAGACUCCCUGAGGGCAGCUGUAGGUGGGCCGCUGGCAGGGAGAUGGCAGGGCUCGAGCAGGGGGAUGGGCUGUCCUGCCUGGGCACGUCCACUGCCCAAAGGGUUGGGACUCUCUGGGAGUAGAUGGCUGUGUGUCAGUCUUAAAUUAUUAAAGAACAACGCUGAAACUUAUCCUACUCUGAGUUGCUAAAUUCUG